AUGGAGGAAGAUGUGGACGAGGACAUUCCGCGAAUGGUAAGCGUUUCGACAAAUCUGUUACUGUUGCAGCGAUCCAGCGUGAUAAUUCCAUCGUUGCAAAGAGAGGAAAAACGAUUCUUCGAUCUGGUCGAGGUCGGAAGCGUCCCAGAAGUGAGGGAGUUCCUUGAGUCGAAACCAGAUUUUAAUAUCAAUGUCGCGGAUUUUCAGGGUGUCACGGCACUUCACAUAGCAGUUCGGAACAGGAACGCGGCAAUGGUGGAAUACCUGCUGUCUUAUCCCGACAUCGACCCAGGCGAUACUCACCUCCAUGCCAUCAGGGACAACGACAUUAAAAUUACCAGUAUGAUUUUAAACAAACUGAACGAUCUGAUGGCUGGUCUCGAGUACGUGGGCGUCACGCACAGCACCGACUUCCCGGACGACACUACGCCUCUCGCGGUGGCCGCACAAUGCGGUCACUUCGAAUUGAUCAAUUUCCUGCAGAGAAGACAUCAUACGAUUUCGAAGCCGCAUCCACCGAGUUGCAACUGCAACGAGUGCAAAAGCGAGAGGGAAAGAUCCGACCUGCUGGCGAUAGAGAAAAUGCGACUACUUAUGUACAAAGCAAUCACGAACCCAGCAUACAUUUGCCAGACCGUCGAGGACCCGAUUCUGGAAGCCUUCAAUUUAUCUUACGAGCUGAAUAAAGCCGCCUCAUUCAACAAAGAAUUCUAUCACGAGUACAAAACUCUCUCGACGGAUGUCGCACAAUUCGCGACCGACCUGAUCGAUUGUGCGCGCACGGUCGACGAAGUGGAAGAGAUGCUGAAACAGUCAACCGGAUUCGCUCAUUCAUCCAAGUUCAUCUAUCCACGACUGCUAUUCGCGCUCCACUACAAGCAGAGGACUUUCGUGGCUCACCCCAACAUACAACAGUUGAUCGAGAGUAAAUGGAUCGAGGGCUGGUACGAGUGGAAGAUAAUGGGAACGUGGAUGAAGUGUCUAUUAGUGAUUUUACGCGUUGUUAUGCUGCCGUUGAUACUGUUCGUCGUUUUCUUCGCACCCUACUCUAACAAGUCAAAAUUCUGGCAGUCGCCCGUUAACAAAUAUCUCUCAUCCACCGCCAGCUACAUCGUGUUUCUAUUAUUCGCUUUCCUCCAGUCGACGGCUGACAAAAGCGAACAGCUCCGUGGACCACCCAACACCGGUAUUCUAAACAAUUUUCUAAAAUCGAGCUAUAAAACAAAAUCAAACGCCUCGACCUCUGACCCCGGGGAUACUUUAUUAGUGUACGUUUGGAUUAUGAUCAUCUACAUCAUCGCGUAUACCUGGGCGAUGAUCCGUCUAUGCGUGGUGCAUGGCGCGAAGAAGUUCUUUACGACGCCUCAGUACUGGUUCGAGGUAUUGAUAAUAUUCCUAUUUCUUCUGACAUUUUUAUAUUGGAUAAUCGCCGCCGUGGACGUGACAAUAAACGGACAGCUGGAAUUGGAGAGGAAGUAUUGGAACAAGUAUGAUCCCACGCUGAUCGGUGAAGGGAUUUUCUGUCUUGCGACCAUCGCAGCGUUUCUAAAAUUAUUAUAUAUCUGCUUGCUGAACUAUCAUCUUGGACCACUGCAGCUGUCUCUGGGAAAAAUGAUCACGGACGUUGUGAAAUUUAUCAUUCUUUUCAGCAUCAUUAUCCUUGCUUUCACCACGGGAACGUGUAAACUAUAUCAGUAUUACGACGAGAUGGUUCAGAUCGACGACGAAUCUAAGAUCAAGACUCAACAAGUCAGCUCGUUCGUGGACUUCAAGUCCACGUUGAAGACUCUGUUCUGGGCACUCUUCUGCAUGAGUCCCAUCGAAAGCGCGGACGUGAUAAUCGAGAAUCUUCCAGGCGAAUCGGAAAACGAGACUGUCAUCAAUCAUCACACGUUCACAGAGGUUAUAGGCUACAUAUCAUUCGCUGGCUUCACGUUCAUUUCUGUAAUAGUGAUACUGAACAUGCUAAUCGCAUGCAUGUCGAACACAAUGACAAAAGUCACGGAAAACCUGAUCGUUGAAUGGACUUUCGGCCGAACAGAGACUUAUGUCGAUUACAUGCUUACAACAACCCUUCCACCGCCGUUCAAUAUUAUUCCAACCUACAUCGGUAUUCAGCCAGUGAUCGAGUACGUGAAGAUAUUCCUUAAACCGACAGAAGAUAAGCGUGCGCGAUGGAGCAUAAAUCACUGUUGCUAUAUCGAAUCUUUAGAAACCGAGAAGAACAAACAAUUUUCCAUGGUGAUGAGGCGACUGGUUCAACGUUAUUUCCGGCAAAAAGAAAAAGCGGCGGAUGAGAACGAAAUAGAGAGGCUCAGGAAAGAAAUCGUAGAACUUAGGAACCUUUUAAGGGACGCUUUGUCUACCGAUUGA